AUAUACAUAACUCGUCCAACUCGCCAAACUCGCGAGUUGGACACGAGUUUAAUAUCCUUCGACUCGUCUCGUAUCGUCUCGUCUCGCUACCCUUACACGAGACGUCCACGAGUACACCAUUCAUCAACUCGUCUCGCCUCCGACUCGUCUCGUCUCGUCACGGGGCGCCCGUUUGGCCACCACUACCCACCCACACUCGAUCUCUACCUUUUCUAGGGUUUCCAGAGACUCUCUCCCUCCUUCACAUCUCUCUGCUCACCUAAUAUGGCGGAAGAGCUCCAAUACUCAACUGGCGGCGACGCGAAGCGCAAGUACGACGGCGAAUCAUCUCCACCGCCUCCAAUCUCCGGCCGCCGCACCACCGGCUUCUCAUCUCAAUCUCCCGACGCCGGCGGUCCGGUGGCGCCUGAUGCCGAGAUCCAAGCCGCCAAGCAGAAGGCGCAGGAGAUAGCUGCGCGUCUCUUUAAUAACAGUAACGUCGAUGCGAAGCGCACUAAGGUUGAGAAUGGCGGAGGUUACGAUUCGAGUGAAGCUAGAGGUUUCAGCUCUGCGCCACCUGAUUAUGGACAUAAACCAGUUAUGAAUGCUGUGGCUUCAAUGCCUUCUUCAUACGGUUCUUACCCGGGCCCUAGCAAGAAGAUUGAGAUACCAAAUGGCAGAGUUGGUGUUAUCAUUGGUAAAGGGGGAGAGACUAUUAAGUACCUUCAGCUUCAAUCUGGAGCAAAGAUUCAAGUUACCAGAGACAUGGAUGCUGACCCUAAUUCACCAACCAGAGGGGUUGAGCUCACUGGUACUCCCGACCAAAUUGCAAAAGCAGAGCAACUGAUAAAUGAUGUUCUAAAUGAGGCUGAAACAGGGGGAUCUGGCAUUGUUUCGGGAAGGCUACCUGGACAUCAGAGUGGAACUGAACAAUAUGUUCAAAUGAUUCCAAACAAUAAAGUUGGUCUUAUCAUUGGCAAAGGAGGCGAAACCAUUAAAAAUAUGCAGAGCAGCACAGGAGCUCGGAUUCAGGUAAUACCUUUGCAUUUGCCCCCUGGUGAUCCUGCUACUGAGAGGACCCUGCAGAUUAAUGGGACCCCUGAAGCGAUUGAAGCUGCAAAGCUGAUGGUCAAUGAAGUGAUCAGUGAGAAUCGUCUUAGAAAUCCGUCAAUGGGGGGAUAUUCUCAACAAGGAUACCAGCCUCGAGCUCCUACGAGUUGGGCUCCAUCUGGACAGCAACAACCCAACUAUGGCUAUGUUCAGCCUGGAGCAUAUGCUGGGCAGGCACCGCAGUAUAAUGCACCUCAAACACAAUACCCAGGUUAUCCCCCACAGCCCUCUUCAGGUGGAUAUGCUACUGGUUGGGACCAGCCAUCUGCUGCAACCACUCAGCAAACUACACAGGCUGGUGGCUAUGAUUACUAUGGCCAACAAUCAGCUCCACAGCAGCAAGCUCCUGGUGGUGCCCCCGGUUCUGCAGAUAAUACUGGCUAUGGUUACCAGCAGCAGGCAGCAGCUGGCUACGGUCAACAAGGUCAGGGUUAUUCUCAGGAUGCCUAUGGUGCCUAUCAUGCAUCUGCCCCUCAAUCAGGGUAUGGUCAGCCUCAGCCUGGAUACGAUCAACAACAUGGUUAUAGUUCUACUCCUGGAUAUGGUAAUGUUGCUAACCCAACAAGUGAAGGGCAGAAUGCAUCUUAUGGGGCUCAAGGGGACAGCAAUUCAGCACCGCCAUCAAAUGCUGUAGGUCAACAGGGAUACAAUGCUAGCCAGCCUAGCCCCAAUUCUAGUUAUCCACCCCCAACACAGCCAGGCUAUGGAGCCCCGCCAAAUUCUCAAGCUGGUUAUGGAACUCAACCCUCUGCAGGAUAUGGGCCUGGUUAUGGGACACCUCAAGCUCAGAAACCUGCAUCUGGUCAACCAGCUUACGGGCAGCCCCAGCAGUCACCUACAGCCCAAGGAGGCUAUGCGCAGCCUGCUCCUGUGCAACCAGGAUAUUCUCAUUCACAGCCACCAUCUGGCUAUGGUACUGCACCAGCUUCGGGAUAUGCCGCUGCCCCUCCACCCUAUGGCGCAGCACCAGCAGCAAGUCAACCAAGUUACGGGGGACAGCAGCCAACAUACAAUAGUUCGUAUGCUAGUGGUUAUAGCCAGCCUCCUGCAUAUGCUGCUGAUGCCAAUGCAGCUCCAGCGUCUCAAACUGCUCCACCUAAUGCAGCUGCGAAAACCUCACCUCAGAGUUAACGUCAGUAAGCAAUACCAGUUGGGGUGGUGCAUCUCAGGUUUAAAUUAUCUUUAUUAUGCCUUUAUUAGGAUUUUUAAUUUUAAUUAGAUCUCUCAUUUCAGAAAACUUGUUAUUCUGGUUUAAUUAGUCUGACUUGUCUACUAGCGAUUGAUCAUGUUUUGAUUUGCACUUGCAAAUGUGCUGUAAUUGAGACCUUAUUUUAUGGUUGUAUGAAAUGCUUGUUGGGGAAUA